AUGCAUCAUGGAGCCUCGUCCCGGUUUAACCAACCCUGGCAGAAACACCAGGGUCCGAGGCGGGAUUCCAGCCUCGAAAAAGGGACCGAGUGGACGAACCGUCUGUUGUUGGCAAGGGAAAAAUGGACGGAGAAGAACAAGCGGCAGAGGGCCAAUGAGAGGGCGGCCUGGAAGAAGAGUGGCGCGGAGAAAGACGUGGAGAGGAUUGGUGAGCUUUGGGCCGAAUCACUGGCCAAAAAUAAGGAGCUGGACAAGCCAAUAAUGACCUGA